GCCCCGCCCGCUCCCCGCCCCCCUCCCCGCCCGCUCACGCGCACGCGCCUGUGCCGUCGACCGCGGCCCUAGCUUCGGGCCUGAGAGGGAACUCUGUUCCGCCGCCUCCCGCCAGCCGCUGCUGUCGUCCGCGGUGCCCGCUCGCGUCUGGCACUGGCGCAGCCAUGUUCUCUUCCCUGCAGGAGCGUGCGCCGCUACGCCGGGUGUUCGUGGUGGGGGUUGGCAUGACCAAGUUCGAGAAACCUGGAGCUGAGAAUUCAAGAGACUACCCUGACUUGGCAAGAGAAGCAGGCCAGAAGGCUUUAGCUGAUGCACAGAUCCCUUAUUCAGCAGUGGAACAGGCAUGUGUUGGAUACGUUUUUGGUGACUCUACCUGUGGGCAGAGGGCUAUCUAUCACAGUUUGGGAAUGACUGGAAUUCCUAUAAUCAAUGUCAACAAUAACUGUUCUACUGGUUCUACUGCUUUGUUUAUAGCCCGCCAGCUGAUUCAAGGUGGUGUGGCAGAAUGUGUCUUGGCUCUUGGAUUUGAGAAGAUGGAGAAGGGAGGCCUUGGAAUAAAAUUUUCAGAUAGAACCAAUCCCUUGGAUAAACAUCUUGACCUCCUGAUCGAUAAGUAUGGAUUGUCUUCUCACCCAGUUGCUCCUCAGAUGUUUGGGCUUGCUGGAAAAGAACAUAUAGAAAAAUAUGGAACAAAAAUUGAACACUUUGCAAAAAUUGGAUGGAAAAAUCAUAAACAUUCAGUUAAUAACCCGUAUUCCCAGUUCCAAGAUGAAUACAGUUUAGAUGAAGUGAUGGCAUCUAAAAAAGUUUUUGAUUUUUUGACAAUCUUACAGUGUUGUCCUACUUCAGAUGGUGCUGCAGCAGCAAUUUUGGCCAGUGAAGCAUUUGUACAGAAGUAUGGCCUGCAACCCAAAGCUGUGGAAAUUUUGGCACAAGAAAUGAUGACUGAUUUGCCAAGCUCGUUUGAAGAAAAAAGCAUGAUUAAAAUGGUUGGCUUUGAUAUGAGUAAAGAAGCUGCAAGAAAAUGCUAUGAGAAAUCUGGCCUGACACCAAGUGAUAUUGACGUAAUAGAACUUCAUGAUUGCUUUUCUGCCAAUGAACUCCUUACUUACGAAGCACUAGGACUCUGUCCAGAAGGACAAGGUGGAACACUGGUUGACAGAGGAGAUAAUACAUAUGGAGGAAAGUGGGUCAUAAAUCCUAGUGGUGGAUUGAUUUCAAAGGGACACCCACUGGGAGCUACAGGUCUGGCUCAGUGUGCGGAGCUCUGCUGGCAGCUGAGAGGGGAAGCCGGAGAGAGGCAAGUUCCUGGUGCAAAGGUGGCUCUGCAGCAUAAUUUAGGCCUUGGAGGAGCUGUGGUUGUAACACUCUACAAGAUGGGUUUUCCCGAAGCCGCCAGAACUCAUCAAAUUGAAGCUGUUCCAACCAGCUCUGCAAGUGAUGGAUUUAAGGCAAAUCUCGUCUUUAAGGAGAUUGAGAAGAAACUUGAAGAGGAAGGAGAACAGUUUGUGAAGAAAAUCGGUGGUAUUUUUGCCUUCAAGGUGAAAGAUGGUCCUGGGGGUAAAGAGGCCACCUGGGUGGUGGAUGUGAAGAAUGGCAAAGGAUCAGUGCUUCCCAACUCAGAUAAGAAGGCUGACUGCACAAUCACAAUGGCUGACUCAGACUUACUGGCUUUAAUGACUGGUAAAAUGAAUCCUCAGUCGGCCUUCUUUCAAGGCAAAUUGAAAAUCACUGGCAACAUGGGUCUGGCUAUGAAGUUACAAAAUCUUCAGCUUCAGCCAGGCAAAGCUAAGCUGUGAAGAACUCCCUUUGACUACUUUUGAAAAUCGAGAUGAGAUAUAUAGAUUUAUAUCCAUCUAUUUCAUUGUCAGAAUUUAGACUAAGACUACACAUUGGCAAAUAGUGUGGAAUAGAUUUGUUUUUAAAUGGGUGUGACCAAUCCUAUUUUUCCUAGGCUCUGGGUGAAUAGAGCCUGUUGGUAUACUACUGCUUUGCUGAAUUGCCUACAACUGUGCAUUACAAAGUUAAUACAGUAAUUAUGGUCUGGGUAAAAUUGAGUUUCAGAAUAAAAUUAGGAACAGUCAAAUCCUAAAGCCUAUGUAAACAAAAAAGCUUUGUUUUGCUUACAAAGUGUAUUUAGGGAUUAUUCUGCUGAAGAUUCAAUUUAAGAGUUUUCCUUGGGAGAACUAAGAAACACAAUACCAAUAGCUGACCGGUAAUUAGUAUUGUGCACUUAAUGUUCUUAAUCAGUUUCCCAUUAAUAGUUCUUAAAAUUAGUGAGAUUAAAAAAAUCUAAAAAUUUUGCAUUUUGUGCCAUCAGAAACAGUAUUUUAUUCCCAAAUCAAAAUAAAAGAAACAUGAUCAGAGCUUGAACACAGGCUUAUUUUUAAAAUAAAAAUAUUUUUAAAUGGGUUUCCUUCCUGAAAAAUCAGUGUAUUCGUCAUAAAACACUAUUAAGAAUAAUUGAACAAUAAAGUUUGCUUUGAGAUGCACAGUUUUCAAAUUAUAAUCUCAUAUUUAAAUGUAUAAAGUUCUUAAUCCUUUGUUGUAAUUUGCAUUUUUCAUAUAAGUUUAAUUACCACGAUUUAUCUUUUUUCCUAGUUUUUCUAAUAAUGUUAUUUCUUACAAUUCAGUGAGAUAUGGGAUAAAAUAAUGCUUUUGGAAGAAUGUUUAAUAGAAAAUUAAAAUAGCUUUUUCUGG